GGAAGGACUUGUGCGCCGGCGGAGCCGGACGCAGGCCUCUUUUCCGGUCGGCGUGGUACAGCGAGCGCAGGCCGCGGCGGAGCCCAGAGCCUUCGUCAUGAGCGUCCCGGCCUUUAUCGACAUUACCGAGGAGGACCAGGCUGCAGAACUUCGAGCUUACCUGAAAUCUAAAGGAGCUGAAAUCUCAGAAGAGAACUCUGAAGGUGGACUUCAUGUAGAUUUAGCUCAGAUCAUUGAAGCGUGUGAUGUUUGUCUAAAAGAGGAUGAUAAAGAUGUCGAAAGUGUGAUGAACAGCGUUGUAUCACUCCUCUUGAUCCUGGAGCCUGACAAGCAAGAAGCUUUGAUUGAAAGCCUGUGUGAAAAGCUGGUUAAAUUUCGGGAAGGUGAACGUCCAUCCCUGAGACUGCAAUUGUUGAGUAAUCUUUUCCAUGGAAUGGAUAAGAAUACCCCUGUAAGAUACACAGUAUAUUGCAGUCUUAUUAAAGUAGCAGCAUCUUGUGGAGCUAUCCAGUAUAUUCCAACUGAAUUGGAUCAAGUUCGAAAAUGGAUUUCUGACUGGAACCUCAACACUGAAAAAAAACAUACUCUUUUGAGACUACUUUAUGAAGCACUUGUGGAUUGUAAGAAAAGUGACACUGCUUCAAAAGUCAUGGUGGAAUUGUUAGGAAGUUACACAGAGGACAAUGCUUCUCAGGCUCGGGUUGAUGCCCACAGGUGUAUUGUAAGAGCAUUGAAAGAUCCAAAUGCCUUCCUUUUUGACCACCUUCUUACUUUGAAGCCCGUCAAGUUUUUAGAAGGGGAGCUUAUUCAUGAUCUUUUAACCAUUUUCGUGAGUGCUAAAUUGGCAUCCUAUGUUAAGUUUUACCAGAAUAAUAAAGACUUCAUUGAUUCUCUUGGCUUGUUGCACGAACAGAAUAUGGCAAAAAUGAGACUCCUUACUUUUAUGGGAAUGGCAGUAGAGAAUAAAGAAAUCUCUUUUGAUACAAUGCAGCAAGAACUUCAGAUUGGAGCUGAUGAUGUGGAAGCAUUUGUUAUUGAUGCUGUAAGAACUAAGAUGGUCUACUGCAAAAUUGACCAAACACAGAAAAAAGUAGUUGUCAGUCAUAGCACACAUCGGACAUUUGGAAAACAGCAGUGGCAACAACUGUAUGACACACUAAACGCCUGGAAACAAAACUUGAACCAAGUGAAAAACAGCCUUCUCAGCCUUUCUGAUACCUAAAUUUUGAUGCAUGAUUUUGUUCUCUUUAGACAAUUCUAAAUCAUAGUAAAACAUUCUAAAACAAA